UCUCUCUUCCUCUAUCUAGUAAAAUGGUACCUUUCUCUCUCUGCCCCUCCUCCUAUUCCUCCUCCUCCUCUUCUUGUCUGAAACUCUUCUCUCAGUCCCAGCUCAUCAUUACUACUCUCUCCACUCUCUCUGGUUGCAAAAGGAGGUCCGAUUCCAGCUGCCGCUUCGUGGUGCUCUCCACCCACUCCAACCCCAAAAUUCUCAAGUCCAACCGCCGGUCUCGCUAUGGCCAGCCCCUCUCCCCCUACGACCAAGACGACGACGACCAGGUCUCUCGUGUUACUGACGUGUCCGACGACGAUUGGUUGCUCAAUGAUGACUUUGCGGAAAUUUCAGAUUUUGAUGUUAGUAGAAAGAGGCCCAAAUCCCACAAGGGGUUUUCCAAUGGUCAUUUGGAUGGCAGAAACAGCAAGCGCACUCUAGAGAAGAGUAACAAGGAAGACUACAAUUAUAGUCCAAGCAAAAAAAUAGAAGCCACUUCCGUGGAUGUUCCUCGCAAGGGAAAGCUAGCAACAAGGAAGGCUAUGGAGGAUAGAUUCCCUCAACUGUCAGAAGAAGUCCAAUUGGAUGAGAAGUGGUUACCCCUUAUCGAUUAUCUAAGCACAUUUGGGCUUAAGGAAUCACACUUUAUUCAAAUGUACGAGAGGCAUAUGCCUUCUCUUCAAAUAAAUGUGUGCUCAGCAAAGGAAAGGUUGGAAUAUUUGUUGAGUGUUGGUGUCAAACAGAGAGAUGUAAGAAGAAUGAUUUUGAGGCAGCCACAGAUCCUCGAAUAUACAGUUGAGAACAAUUUGAAGUCCCAUGUUGCUUUCCUGAUGAGUCUGGGUAUUCCAAGUUCCAGGGUCGGGCAGAUUAUUGCUGCUACACCAUCCCUCUUCUCCUAUAGUGUUGAGAACUCGUUGAAACCAACUGUGAGAUACUUAGUGGAAGAGGUUGGGAUUAAGGAAAAGGAUUUGGGUAAAGUUGUGCAGUUAAGCCCUCAAAUUCUGGUUCAGCGGAUUGAUAUAUCAUGGAAUACUCGUCUGCUAUUUCUUUCUAAGGAAAUAGGAGCAACCAGAGAUAGUAUAGUGAAGAUGGUUAAAAAACAUCCGCAGUUCCUCCACUAUAGCAUUGAUGAUGGGCUAUUGCCCAGGAUCAAUUUCCUUAGGAGUAUUGGGAUGUGUAAUUCUGACAUCUUGAAAGUUUUAACUAGUCUAACACAGGUACUAUCCCUAUCACUGGAGGAUAACUUAAAACCGAAGUACAAGUACUUGAUAAAUGAACUUCAUAACGAAGUGCAUUCCUUGACCAAAUAUCCUAUGUACCUAAGCUUGUCAUUAGACCAGAGAAUUCGCCCUCGACAUAGGUUCUUGGUUUCUCUGCAGAAAGCUCCUAAGGGGCCAUUUCCUCUAAGUUCAUUGGUCCCAACUGAUGAAUGCUUCUGUCAACAAUGGGCUGGAACUAGCUUAGAUAAAUAUUUGGCUUUCCGGCAGAGCUUACUGCUCAAGGAGUUUGCAAAAAAUAUGAAAGAAAGGGAUAACAUCCUCCAUUAAAGUAUGUGUGGGUUACUGACACGUGUUUGAUGAGCCAAGCAUCCUCCCUUAGCAACUUCAUAUGCUGGUAAAUUUCAAGGUAUGACAUUGUUAACAAAGUUGCCAUGAAGUUGAGAGCCCCCGCUUAUCACAAAUCUGGAAUAAGAAGGUUUCCAGGUUUUUGACAGUUUUUGGUUUGGGUGGCUAGGUUGUUUCUCAUAUAGAGUAUAUAGGUUGUCGUUGUGCACUCCAGUGCCAUUAUUUGUUUAUACCGGAGCUGCUCCAGUUUUGUGUAGAAGGUUACGCUCCAGGUCAAAGCAUCUGGAUGAGUAUUAACUGCUUGUGACGGAAAAGAUAAAACACUCUCAUCGUGGAGUUCUAUACUUUUAAGGUUGUAGUGUAUUUGUAUCUUCGCGACGCUCAAGUGGACAAACAAAAAGCUUUACUAAGUGCAAUUGAUUUAAAACACAAGGGCGCAUUCUUGUAUUUGCACUUUUUGUACCUACUCUAUGCUUCAUCCGUCAUCCGUAUGAUGACUUUUUGUUGCUUGUUCAUCCUCAAUGAAACCCCGGAAACCAGCACUGCUAGCUUGUAAACCUUUUUUUUCUUUCUCUUCUGCUAAACUUUUUGUUUUUAGUUACCUGUAAUACGCACGUCCGAAGUUUCUAUUUAUAUUGUAGUAUAUGUGUGGUUUUGUGAUCUGA